GGUGACCGCGGCGGCUGGGGCUGGGCCUGGGCCCUCUGUACCGGCGGGCAGACGGUUCAGAGGCGGGCGCUGGAGGCAUGGAGCUGCUGAGGGUGCUGUGGUGGGUCUCGGCGACGCUAGCUGCCUCAGCGACAGUGCCCGAGUCGUCUCGUUUCGGCGCUCUCUGGCCUCUGCCCCGCUCGCUCCACAUCUCUCCAGCCCGGCUCCAGCUGGCGCCCAAGCGGUUCCAGAUCCUCCAUGGCUCGGGCUCUUCGGCGGGACCGCGUUGCUCCUUAUUGCAGGACGCCUUUCGCAGAUAUUAUGGAUAUAUAUUUGGAUAUUCAAAAUGGCAGAAUCAUGAUGAGAAGAAACCUCUUUCUGAAACAGAGCUGUUCUCGCUUCAAGUCAUUAUAACUUCUGAGGAUUCAGAAUGUGAUAAAUAUCCGGGUGUUGAAUCAGAUGAAUCCUAUCAGCUCCAGGUUUCAGAACCUACAGCUGUGCUGAAGGCAAGCAAAGUUUGGGGAGCAUUAAGAGGUUUAGAAACAUUCAGCCAAUUAGUAAAUGAAGAUGACUAUGGAAGUUUCUUCAUCAAUGAAUCUGACAUUAGUGAUUCUCCAAGAUUUGCUCAUCGAGGGAUCUUGCUUGACACAUCAAGGCAUUUUUUGCCAUUGAAAAGUAUCCUAAUCAAUUUGGAUGCCAUGGCUUUUAACAAAUUUAAUGUCUUCCAUUGGCACAUAGUAGAUGACCAGUCUUUUCCUUAUCAGAGCAUCACUUUUCCUGAACUGAGUGCCCAAGGGGCCUAUUCAUACAACCAUGUUUACACUCCCACUGAUGUCCGUUUAGUGAUCGACUAUGCUCGGUUACGAGGAAUUAGAGUCAUCCCAGAGUUUGAUACCCCAGGGCACACAGAGUCUUGGGGAAAAGGGCAAAAAGAUUUCCUCACACCAUGCUACAAUGGAGAACAUCCCAGCGGCUCUUAUGGACCAGUAAACCCCAUUCUGAAUACAACUUAUGAUUUCAUGCUUCAGUUAUUGAAAGAAAUCAGGACAGUAUUUCCUGAUGAAUACAUCCACUUAGGAGGAGAUGAGGUGGACUUCACUUGUUGGAGGUCCAAUCCUGAUGUGUCAGAAUUCAUGAAGGAGCGAGGAUUUUCACAUAGUUAUACAAAACUGGAAUCCUAUUAUAUUGAGAAGAUAUUGGAUAUGGUAUCUUCUGUUAACAAGAAAUCCAUAGUCUGGCAAGAGGUCUUUGAUAAUGGGGUUCAGCUGCAGCCAGACACUAUAGUUGAAGUGUGGAUGGGAACUCUGUAUAAAGAAGAACUGAGAAGAGUAACAAAAGAAGGGCAUCCUGCAAUCUUAGCAGCACCCUGGUACCUAGACUACAUUAGUUAUGGCCAGGACUGGAAGAAAUACUAUAGCGUCGAACCGCUGGAUUUCCUUGGUUGCAGAGCACAGAAAGAACUCGUGGUUGGUGGAGAAGCCUGUCUUUGGGGAGAAUAUGUGGAUGCAACUAAUCUCACACCAAGACUCUGGCCUCGUGCCAGUGCUGUUGGUGAGAGGUUGUGGAGCAGUAAAAAUGUAACUGACAUUGCAGAUGCUUAUAACAGACUUACUGAACAUCGCUGUCGUAUGCUCAGGCGUGGAGUAGCAGCAGAACCUUUGUUUGUUGGAUACUGCAGCAAUGAAACAGGAGACAGAACAUAGCAGUUGGAACAUAGGACUGACACCCACAGUGCCUUUCUGGGAGGAAGCCUCCAUGUUCCCGGUUGAAUAUUUGCACUGAAGAAACCUAAUUUUUAAAAGUUGGAAUUCUAUGUUAGCAUCUUUUUCUCUUUCUAGAUGUUUCAAGAUCAAUGUUACUGGAUUUGUAGAUAAAUUAAAACCAACUGUGCUUUUUAA